AUGGAAAUAUCUGCCGAGAACCCGGCCGGCGUCCUCAUCUCCCGUGCGCACUCUCCCGACCGCGCCGGCAUCAUUUUCCGCGAGAAGGUGCAAUUGCGACCGCUUCUGCUCCGCCCAACUUCGCCGGAUCCCAGCUUGAACGCCCGCUCAAAACGACAAUACGCUCGCCUUCAAAAAGUCAAGGCAGCUCGAAAAUCUACCAAGCCGAAGCCUUUGUCCGCAAAACAGAAGCGUGCGUUAUGCAUUUAUGAUAUACCAGCGUCGCAACAGAAAUACUCCAUAUACGAGCCACUGCACACCAUGUGGUGUACUUAUAUGAGGGAGGUGCUGGGAGAGCGCUCGUAUGUGGAUGCCAAUAUUGCUGGGCCGCUGCUGAUUUCGGCCGACUAUCAUGGAGCGUUGUUAGAGGUGGCGAGGAGCAGAUGCGUGAGUCGCGUCGGGUUGAGAGGGAUCGUGGUCAAGGACACGAGAUUCACGUUUGAAAUGAUCACGGAGAACAACGAGGUGAAGAAGGUGCCCAAGGAGCAUACACUGUUCAAGUUUGAGUUGCCGCGUAAAGAGGAAGACUGCAAGGCGAUGGUCUUCGAAAUUCAUGGCAGUCAGUUUGAGAGUCGGGCGCCAGACCGGGCGAAUAGGAAAUUCAAGAUGCACAUCGACCCGGACCUUUGA